AAUAGGCUGUUACUUUCUAUUUAAUUCUUGCGAAAUUUUCAUUUCCUCUUCUUACACGACUUUUCCCCAAAACAGCGAUUUUUGGGUCCCUUAAAUCCUCAUCUGUUCCAGUCUAAACUAAACAACUCAAACAUCAUCGCACUACAAAAAUUUAUCCUUUCUUCGAGCUAUUUCAAAAAAUCUCUCUGAUUCGUGUAACAUUAAAAUUACCGAUCGUUAAUAACUAAAUAAAAAUUAACGUUACUAAAAACAUUUGCGUAUCCAGUAGUUGCAGAAACGAGAAAUUUGAUAUAAGAUCAGUUUCAUUAAUCUGUUCUUUCUAGUUUUAAUACAAUCAUUACAUAAGAAUCACGAGAGAAAAGUUCUGGCCCAGACGUAUCCAAAUACAACUAUCUCUAUUAUCUCUAUCUUAUUUCCCAAAGGAAAGGAAGUAAGUAUUUUCCUGGUAGACGGCGUAAAUUCCCUGUUACUAUCGACGAUUCCAAGGAUUUUGUAUAUACCGUGUAAAUUCGGGUAUGUCAAUGAUAGAUUGCCGCUGGAACGACUUUGGUGGGGCGACCAGUUAUUCACAAAAGAUGUUUAUUAUCAGUAAACCGAACACUUUGGUAGGCCGUGGCUCGUCCCUCUCCUCCUCGUCCUUCGCUAGACUUCGACUUUCAUAUCAGUUGGCUCAUAGCUGUGGCUGGUGACGUUCCACCCGUGGUUCGCGUUUCUCGUCACAAAAUUCUUCACGUUCGAGUGCGGUUAUCGUCGCGAUCGUAUCAGUUCGAUCGAAUGUUCCAAGUGUACACCGACCUUGGAUUCGUUCCAUCUAUAAUAACAACACACGUUUUCAAACUCCAUCAAAGCAGAAACGACGAUCUAUCCGAUCUGUAUAACCGUGAUACACGAGUAGAAGCUUGAUUGCAGGCGGAAGAUGGACGAAGAAUCGAAGAGGUCGUUCGUCACCAGGAACUCGGGGAAUCGAGGAGCGUCGCGUUUAAUAAGAUCCCGGGAGUCUGCCGACACGGCGUAGGAAUGUGACAAAAGCGGUAAUCGGGCGAAGCAACGAAGAACAAGCAAGCUGGAACAAGCGGCAAGAGGAAAGAAGAAGUAAGACGAAGAAAAAGAGAAGAUAAGAAUAAAACGUCGAAAAUUGUAAAGAAGAGCGAAACUUGACGAAGAAGUGAAGGUCACAGCCCACCCUACGUCUCGAGAUGUACACGCUGCCGCCUCGGGGGUAGAGAAGACACGGUCAUUGAGAAUCUUGGCGCAACGCGCGGUACUUUCUUGGAGCGUAAAGUCCCCCUCCGAGAAGGCGAGAGAGGGAAUCUUUUGGAGGAGAGAAGGAGAGGCGAGUAACAAGGUAGAACGUUGUUGCGACGACAACGACGACAACGAAAAGGACGAAAAGGAAGGAUCAAUCGAACGCGAAGAGGGGCAAAAGAGGAGAUCGGUACGUAAAAGGAAGAGGGACAGGCUGCGUGGCAAAGAAGCCGAAGAAACGGAAAGAUUCGAAGGAGGAAGGAGCAACGUUGGCGAAUAAAGAGCGAGAGGAAGAGAGGCGAAGAAGUAAGAGAGAAGAUAGGCUACGAUCAAACCGAAUCGAACGAGGAGAAAGUUGAAAAGACUCUCUUACUCUCUCCUCCUUGUUACCAUCUCUUUUUAUAUAUUCCUGUCUUUGUUUAAUCAAUUCGAUCUCUGUCCAGCGUAGUACACCUGUCUUCGUUUACCUCGCGCACGCCCCGCCCCGACCAAUCGAGACUCUUGGGGCCUAGUGACGUCGCUAACGCGCACUACAAGGCCCUGUCGUGGUGGGGCCAGUAUCAUCUCCCCACUACCUCCAAGAUCGGAGGCCGUGAGAGCCCCACGGGGGCCAGCAGCUAGCUGCAACCAGCGCCAGCGGCCCGGCUGGCCGUUGGCCACCUUGGUGGGGGCAGGAAGAGGGGCACCCUGCUGCCCAAGAACAGGCCGAAGGAACAACGCAAGGGUACCUACUGAAACCCAUCCCGCAUUUCCCACCACUGACUCGUCCGGAAAACGUGCGCCACAGAGCUUCCGGACUACUCGGAUAUCGAGUUCAGUCAAGUGAGUCAGAUCGAUCGGGUACACUGGCAAAGAGUCCGACAUCUCGGACCGCUAUCGUAUCGAAGGAAAGUUUCAUCUCUGUUUGUCGUCGGUUUUGCGCGUUUCAUUCAAUUGCGCGUGGUUUGGUCUUGGAGAACGUGGUUCGAUUUUGGAGAACGUAGUUUGAGAAAUUUUCUUUCUCACGAGGGUGCGUGGUGCUACGGUUAGCCGGUCAAGCAGCAUAGCAAUGGCUCCUGUUGAUUUCUGAUGUACGAUGAAAACAUUUGACACUAAAGCAAGCUUGGAGUAUAUCGUCGCAUUAUCGCUGACGCGUGAUAGUUAACGCGCACCACCCACAGGUGGACAUCGAGCCUUCGUUGACUAGCGAUAGCAUACACGCACCAAUGUCACAACCACCGAUAGAAGGGAUAAAAAGAGAAAGGGAAGUCGAACAGUGAGAGAGGAUCUCCCCCGGAGGCUUUCGUGCAGUGGCUCUCGUUUAUAGUUUCUUAUCGCGGCGAUCGAUUACCAUCGACGUGUAGUAAUCCUUCGUAAUCCUAGUGGAUUAUUUUGGCUCUCGCGUGUGGUGAUUAGACGCAGCUACGACGGUCACAACGGUGAUAAGAGUGCGUGCAGGGGAGGUGUGUGAUGCCCUGGUUAUGGUUAAGCGUGAGUGAGGUCAGUGGCAAGAGGAGGAGAAGAAGGACCGGCAGCUCGUCAAACGCGUCGUCUUCGUCGUCGUUGUCUAGGUCGUCGUCGUCGUUCUGUCAGCCGUGGAGGAGGAGGAUAGCCGGCGGCGGUGGUGGUGGCGAGGACUCGGUGGUACCGUCGACGUGCUCGACAAACACGAGCGCAGCAGGGUCCGCGAGGUGCACGAGGUACCAGUGACCGAACAGGGUCGUCCUCGAGGCAGAGCCACGUGAUUAUGGUGCACCAUCAUCAUCGUCGCGGCCUUCAGGCGAGCAAUCAUUGCACGAUUAGGAGGCGAGGAACGACACCCUCGCUGCUCCAGGUGUUCCUGCUGGUAUUGUACCUUUGGCUACCGCUGCUGGACAACAGUGGCCUCGUCCUGGCUUGUGGACCGGGCAGAGGCGGUGGACGACGUCCUGGUCUAAGGAAGCUCACGCCUCUGGUGUUCAAGCAGCAUGUGCCGAACGUUAGCGAGAACACGCUGCCGGCCAGCGGGAUCAGCGAGGGUCGCGUGUCCAGGCACGAUUCCAGGUUCCGGGAUCUCGUGCCCAACUACAACGCAGACAUCAUCUUCAAGGACGAAGAGGGCACCGGAGCCGAUCGGCUGAUGACACAGAGGUGUAAGGAGAAGCUGAACACCCUGGCUAUCUCGGUAAUGAACCAGUGGCCGGGAGUGAAGUUAAGGGUGACAGAGGGUUGGGACGAGGAGGGAAAACACGCGACGGAUUCGCUGCAUUACGAGGGACGUGCCGUCGACGUGACGACGAGCGAUCGGGAUCGCUCGAAAUACGGAAUGCUGGCGAGGCUCGCUGUCGAAGCUGGUUUCGACUGGGUCUACUACGAGUCUAGGUCCCACAUUCACUGUUCUGUCAAGUCUGAAUCAUCGUCAGCGGCGAAAUCCGGAGGUUGUUUCCCGGGCAGAAGCUUAGUGCGAACUGCGGAUGGUUCCUCGAAGCGGCUGGAUCAAGUGCAACUUGGUGAGCGAAUCGCAGCCCUGGACUCGCACGGUGACAUCGUGUACAGCGAAGUAAUAGCCUUCCUGGACCGUUCAUUCGCCGAGAGGCGACAAUUCGUCCGAUUGACCACCGAAUCUGGUCGAGUUCUCACCCUGACACCAGCUCACCUGGUCCCGAUCGAAGGCAGAUCCACUGUAUUCGCUGGCAGAGUUCAGCCAGGGGACAAGAUCCUGGUAAGAGAUCCAGCCGAUGAAAACGAGGUUCAGCAUCGUCUACGAUGGGACAAAGUAAUCGACAAUAGAUUGGUUCUCGAAGAAGGCAUUUAUGCUCCUUUAACAACGGAGGGAACGGUGUUAGUCGACGACGUGGUCGCUUCUUGUUACGCGUUCGUAGACAACCAGGAACUGGCUCACUUCGCCUUCCUUCCGUACCGAAUGUGGAGCGCUGUGAGAACGUUUUUCGAAAGGAGGCUCCUGGAAGCAGAGGACCUCAGGUACACGGAUGUGAGGCAGGACUCGAGAACGGGGCAAGAAGGCAUACUUGGGUAUGCGUCCUUCCUGUAUUGGAUCUCCUCGUACGUCACGCCAUCGAGGAUACUGUAUCAGUGAGACGCGGUCGAUCGAGAGGAUUUCUUCUCGGUUUUUACCUUUCUUUUUUUUCAUCCAACGGACUGCGAAACGCGUCCGCGAGUGCCCCACGUGGAGUCAGGCGAAGGAGGAUUUCGAAAGAUGUGGAAGAUCGUUCGAGGUCUGUUGACAAGAAUGCACGUGUACAGGGGAAAACGAUAUGGAAGAACUGAGGUGGAAUCGGAAUGGAGUUGCAGAUGUACUUCGUUUUGGAACCCAAAGAAUUUGUUCCUCUUUCUUCCUUGAAAUAUACGACAGCUUUCGACAAGUAGAAUACGAAAAUCUAAUGUAGCUAGAAAACUAGUACUUUUUGGAUUCUACUCGUUAACCCUUAAUUACAGAUGUUGGUGCUUUUAAUAUUACCAUGUACCAAUAUAGUCCCUUGGAUUAACGUUUUAUUUAUUAAAUCUCUCUGUUUUGAAUUAGAAUUAAUUUAAUGUAAUUAUUUUGCUUAAUGCACGAUGUUUCGUAGAAAUGAAACUAAGGGAAACAAAGGACGAAGCUUCUUAGAGUGGAAGAUGAUCAAGCGUUGAAGCUUUUAAAAUUGCAUGCUAAAUUGUGGUAAUGAAAAUUUACAUUUAGUCUAUAGUUGAGAGUUAAACAACCUCAUAUGUUACGAAAGGAAGCCACAAAUUCAGUGUGUCUCAAAACCAAGUUGAACCGAAAUGAUAAUAAAAGUAAGAUAGAAAGGAACGAAUGGACGAAUACGGGACGGCGUGAAAGGUCCACGCACGUGUUCCUGUGCCGUAAAAAGAAGAGAUCCUGGUUGUUAAUAAUGGAAUAAACGAAUGAAACGAUCGUUCGUCUCCUUCUGUUGAAUUUUUAUUCCAGCAUCGGAUUUCUUCUUUUUUUAUUAAUUUUUCAUCGAGAAAUGUACUUGAUGCGUGGACUGUGCGCGUAGCUCGGAGUCGAAGAUGCAUGCAGAAAUGAAGUUUGUUCUGGCCAGUGACCUCCCCUCCAUUCAUUGAAUUAACGUGUAGUAUACUAGGUAUUAUUAUCGAGAGGAUGGAGUUGAAACGAAGCUUUAGAAGAGAAGAAGCUUGUGCUCUUGGUAUAGUGCGUGUAUAAUACGAAUAUAUAAUAUAAUUAUUGUAAUUUUCUUCAUUUUUGGCUUCCUCUCUGUCUCUGUCUCUGUCUGUCUGUCUGUCUGUCUGUCUGUCACUCUCUCUCUCUCUCUCUCUCUUCCUCGACGAAUUUUAUUUUUGCGCGCGAAUCGUGUUUUUUCUGGAUGUUUUACGAAAUCCGGUUAGAAUGGAACUUUGCGACGAGUUCGUCUACAAGUCGAACGAAAGAGACAUAGUGCGUGUUUGAAAUUUAUUUAUGGAACUUUUGUUAGGAUGAAAGGGUCGAUGUUCGACGUGAUGCUUGGAAUACUUGAGAAGUAUGCCCCGUUUUGUACUUUGUGACGCGAGUGGAAAGUAUUUGGCUGAACUUAUGUAAAAAUAUGAUUUGUUAUUUUUCAUGAAAUGCGCGAUGAAAUAUUUGUGUUCAUUCGUGCCACGUAUUCUGUGAAAUAAUUGAUUUUUAUGUGUUCACGGUUCUGCGUUUUAUCGUUCUCGUAAAAUACGUAUACGUCCCAUAAAUUUUCAAUGGAGAACAGGUUUUAUCAUGUUCAUGAUUUAUUUCUUGACGUCUUGAUCAAAGUUUUAAUAAUAUUUUAAUAUUUUUCAAUA